CCAAACCACCUCGCCACUCCUCGCCGCAGAUCUGCUUCCGCCUCCGCUCUCUCGCGGCCAUGGCGCCGUCGGCAUUGCCCCGCGCCGCCUCCACGCUCUUCCUGCUACUAGUACUACUCCUCGCGCCGCUGCUCGCCUCCGCGAAGUCGCCCAUCUCGAUGCCUCCCUCAUCCGCGCCCACCGCCUCCCCUGCGGACGAGCACCGCCACCACCCCGCCGACGCCCUCGCGCCCUCCCACUCCCAACCGCCCUCCGAAGCAUCCGCCGCCGCGCUCUCCCCUCCCGCGCCUCCUCAGACCUCCCCCUUGCCUUCUCCGUCCGAGUCGCCCGUCCCGCAUUCCGCGGCCCCCGCCCCGUCGGCCAUGGAGCAUUCCGCCGCAUCCGCACCGGCACCUUCCUCCGCCGCCAAGGACGAGGGUGACGACGAAGACGAUGAUAUGGGGAAGGAGGAGCACUCCUCGACGCCGGCGCCUGCCCCCGCCGCGGAGGAGAUAAAGGCCGCGGCCGCCGGCGACAAGGCGGAGGAGGGCGGGGAGGCGGGGAGGCACGGGGAAGAGCUGAACGGCGGCAAGAAGGCCGGCGUGGUCGUCGGCGCAUUCACGGCCGCCGCGGUGGUGGGGCUCGCCGCCUUCGUCUGGAAGAAGCGGCAGGCCAACAUCCGGCGGUCCAGGUACGCCGACUACUCCGCCCGCCUCGAGCUCGUCUGAUCGAUCGCCGGAGCCAGAGCUCACCGACACACUAGCAGCAGUACAACCACACGCACUACGACCUCGUCACAGUACAGACAGAUGCAUCCAUCCAUCCAUACCUCACAUGGCCAUUUCAUUUAGUUACUGGGAUCCGCGACAUGUUAAUUAGAUUGUUCAUUCUUGUGUUAAUUCUUGGAGUUGAAAUGAUUGAUUCUUUUGUGAAGAAGUCGAGAGGAAUAACGAAAUGGAUAUUGAUACGAAGAAUGAGGAUACAGCCAGUUUUGUAUAAUACCACUACAUUUGUUGGAAAUUAAUUUCUCGUAGGAUGAAAUAUAUACACUGUUCUUAAUUUCUGUUACAUCAUUGUUGGUCCUGAAUUUGAUCGGAUCCAGCUCCAAGUGAGCUGUUUUGCAUUGUAUAUUCAGAUCCAGAAUUGUAGUUUACUGUAUCUCGUUGGGAAAUUGGGAUGGGUGAGAUUGUUUUUACUCACGUCGGCUCCUCCUUGGAUC